UGAUAGGGACAUAAGCAAAAGAGAGCGACCACGGCGUCGAAGAGCAGGGAUUUUCCCCUGAAUAUAUUUACAUCAUAAAACCAUUCCCUCUUCUUGGGAGCCCAAAAUGUCCGACUCCAAAGAUGAGAAGGGGGAGGAGGAGAAGAUCUAUGGUGGAUGUGAGGGUCCGGAUGCCAUGUAUGUCAAACUGGUGUCGUCUGAUGGGCAUGAAUUUAUUGUGAAAAGGGAACAUGCGCUUACGUCUGGUACUAUAAAGGCCAUGCUUAGUGGACCAGGCCAGUUUGCAGAGAAUGAGACAAAUGAAAUUAAUUUCAGGGAAAUACCGUCACAUGUAUUGCAGAAGGUUUGCAUGUAUUUUACAUACAAAGUGAGAUACACCAACAGUUCCACAGAGAUCCCAGAAUUUCCUAUUGCACCCGAGAUCGCUUUAGAGUUACUGAUGGCUGCAAAUUUCCUGGAUUGCUAAAUGACUUGCGCUUUAUUUGUAAUGUAAAUUAACACUUGAGGACUCCCUAUAUAUCUGAGUCAGUAGCAGGAGCCGGCACUUGAGAACAGCUGUGCAAAUUAUAAAGGAACACAAGAUUCCAACCUGCUGUCGUAACCAUCUCCAAUAUUUUGUUCAUUGUAAUUAUACAGUAAUGGUAAGGAUGUGUAUUCAUAAGUUGUACCAUCAAAGGAACUGUGGAUAAAAACAGGGACAAAGAGAUUUAGCCAGAUCUGAUGCAAGCUUGAAGAAUGAACAGUGUGUUGGUAAUGUUUGUAUGGGAGAUAUCAUCAUCAUCCUCUUUGUCUAUAGGUGGAGUCUAGUUAAAUACACAGGAAAAAUGGAAAGUACCUUUUUUUACCCUUUCUUAAUUAUUCUUUGUGAAUGUUGUUAAUAUUUAUUAUUAAAUAUUGUGAUAUUUUAUCACAUUAUGUAUGCGUGCAUCGGAUAUAACAGAUAGAAAUACACAUUUUUAUUCCAGCAAGCAGUUUCUUGUUAUUCUUCACAAUACAUAUUUCUUUAAAUAUUUCCUGGCAUGAAGGAAAUAACGCAUUUUUUCAGUUUUCAGAGCCUGUAUUAAAGUAUUACAAAAAAUCUGCAAAGGUACCAGCAGCUGUUUUCUCCUUAAGAAGAAUUGCACAAUAGUUUCACUUACCAUUGCAUUACAUGUUUAUGUAGAACAAAAUUAUAUAGCAAUAUUACUAAAUAUGUGUAUAUAGCUGAUGCUUUGUGAUAUUCAAGUGAGUAAACAGGUCUGUGUACUUUUAGAAAGAAAUAUGUAAACCUCAACAUUCAUUAAAGUUCUAUCCAUUUUA